AUGAUGAACACUUCGGCGGUAAUUAACAAUGGCAGUCCAAAUGCUCCCGUUGUAAUCAACGUCGCGCUUGGAGCACCACUAUGGUUUUAUAUCGGAACAAUGUCAAUUCUAAUGUUCAGCUGCAGUUGUUGUGUCUUAUGGUGCCUCUGUAUGUUUAUUUCGCUCGCCAGAGAUGAUAAAAAAUCAACAACAGCGAAGAGCAGCGCCAGACGAGAACUCGACGCGAUUUCACAAAGUAUUAGAAGUACUCGAAAGAAAAGAAACGUUAAAGGCGAAGAAGAAGAUGAGGAUGGAGAUGGAAAAAUCGAUGAUAAAAAUGAUGUUGAGCAAGGAAGACAGACAUCGAUUGACCAUUCGAGUUGGCAAAUGAGCUCGUUUUUCUUUUACUCAGUUCUAUUUAUAUCGAUUAUUUCGAUAUUCAUUAGUAUAUACUUUCAUAAGCCGCAAUUUCCGCCGCUAGAAAUAGAUAAGGAUGGAUAUUGGAAGCCUGGUAAUCCUGUCAAAGAUGACGACACAAUUUAUAGCCAUACUAUCAAAAUCGAUGAAACUGAAAUUCAAAAAUUCAAGAAUAAAUUGGCAUCAGAAACGCGGAUAAAAUAUCGAAAUGAGGAAUAUGACAAGUAUCUGGAUAGACUUUUUCAAGUAAUUGAAAACUUCGAUUGGAAACAGCACGAAAAUUUCUUAAACACGUUCAAGCAAUAUAGAACGGAAAUCGAAGGUUUAAAUGUUCAUUUCGCUCGUAUCAGUACGCCGCUACAAGGAAAAAACAAGAAACUCGUGCCGAUAUUGCUUCUGCAUGGAUUCCCAGGCAGCUUCUGGGAUUUCUUCAAACUGGUUCCAAUUCUAUCAAAUCCCAGUCGCCACGGUUUCGAUUUCGGCGUAAAAGAAACUAUUCAGUUUGAUGUCAUCAUUCCAAGCAUUCCCGGAUUUGUCUUCUCAGAAAAACCGGAAAAAUCCGGAUUUGAUGCAAUCGCCAUAACGCGAAUCAUCGCAAAAUUAAUGGAUCGUUUGGACAUCGAUGAGUAUUUUGUUCAUGGCUGCCAAGGAUUUGGAUCUGAUAUUGCAACUCUGCUGACUUCCCUCUAUCCCGAUGACAUCCUUGGACUUCAUUUGUCAAAUCCGUUUGUGCGUCCGACUUUUUCAACAUAUACUCUGUCAAAAUACGUCUUCUCCGCUAUAUUUGGCAAUGAGGACGAACGUGGGUUCACUGAGAUUCAAGAGUACUUCAGAGAUGAAAAGUUCUCAGUGUCGAUGAGCCCAGAAGUGAUAGGGACAUCGCUUCAAAACUCUCCAAUGUCGACGGUUUUGUUCAUCGAAAAUGAAUGGAAGUCUCUAUCAAGUCGUGCAAAAACAACCAAUCUAUUCAAUUUGUUCACAUUAGACGAAAUCGCGACAGAGAUUUACAUUUACUGGCUGACAUCGUCUGCUCCAAGCGCCCUCCAGAUUCUCAACGAGUGCUAUAAUAAAGAUUUGAUAUGGCUAAGUGCUCAACCAAAGAUUCCAACAGCUGUUGUGUACUCAAAAGAAAGUCCGUGGUUAUGCUCAGAAAAUCUAUUGAGUGACAAAUAUUUGAACAUUACAAGAAUCACACAUCUUCCAAAAGGGGGUCUCUUCCAUCAUCUACAGGACGCAAAAAAGAUCGCAGAAGACAUUUUCUCCGACGGAGAAAGGAGAAAAAGAAGAUUAGCGUUUCGCGCGGGAAAAUUCCCAGAUGAUCUGAUCACUGCCGAAAAAAUUAAAAAGUUCACAUUUGCCAUUGAAUGUGCACCUGGACAGCCGAAGUACACAGACUUCAAAUUAACCGAAGGAAUGCUUUUAAUCAGAGUCCCAAGUUUUAUGGUGCCACCUGUGGAGUAUUGCGAUCAUCUUCUCAAAAUCAACGAUACACAAAUUAAAUCAAAAAAAGUUUUAGCUCAAUUUUUGGCCGAAAAUGUAGAUCAAAACAAACCACACGUGCUUGUGUUUCAUGUUCGGAGAAUAAUGAGUGUUGAACAUAUAACGGACCAUUCAAAAUUGCCUUCGAACGCUUCAAUCAAACGUCCAAAAACGAAUAAUCCGUUAGUGAAACCCUCAGAAGGAUACGAAUACUACAAGACAAUUCUGAUAUACUUCCCAAAAAGUAAGCUCGGAAUCAAUGUGAAAAGCUAUAAUGAUGUGGUAUAUGUCGAAUCGAUCGAUAAUACUUGGGGCUCAACAACUCGUCGUUUCUUAUAUGUCGGCGAUGCUAUUCUCAAAAUCGAUGAUCAGGAAAUUUUCGAUGUUCAAAAGACGCAGCAAACCCUCAUAAAUGGAUUGCAAAACAAUGGAAUUGUGACGUUGAUAAUUGAGAGAGCAACAGCACAAGCUGCUUCGAAUUUUGUGAGAUCGGUAUUAUUCUGGAACAAGUGUGUUGAUCCCCAACUGGCAAUGGACGUCAUUCAUAUUUGCAAGAAAAGAUACGAUUAUCACGUUAGGAAUGGUUUCGGACCCGAACCGAAGCCGAUUCUCCGAGAUAGCAGCUCCAAAAAACAGGAGUAA